GCGGCAGGAAAUCGGUCUGGUCCUCGCCUCGCGCCCCCAGCUGUCCAGUCCAGCUAGACCCCGCCGAGCGGUCCCUGCACCUGGCAUGGACGCCCCGGAGCCAGGGCUCCCCCCGGCUCCCGAGGGCAGGAAGAGGUACAGCGAUAUCUUCCGGAGCCUGGACAACCUCGAGAUCUCACUGGGGAAUGUGAACUUUGAGGUGCUGGCUGGAGACACUGCACUUGAGGAAGACCCGGAGCCUGGCAAGGCCACCCCAGCCUCUGUGACCAGUGACACCAGCCCCUGGAGCCAUCCGUCCUCAGAGGGUCCUGUGCCACUGACAGGGGAGGAACUGGACUUGCGGCUCAUUCGGACCAAGGGGGGUGUGGACGCCGCGCUGGAGUAUGCCAAGAUGUGGGGCCGCUAUGCCAAGGAGCUGCUGGUGUGGACAGAGAAGAGAGCCAACUACGAGUUGGAGUUCACCAAGGGCAUCAUGAAGAUUGCUGAGGCCGGCAAGGCAUCCAUCCACCAGCAGAGCCACAUGCCGCUGCAGUACAUCUAUACCCUGUUCCUGGAGCACGACUACAACCUGGGCGCCCAGGCCCUGGAGACCCUGGCCCAGCAGAAGAGAGACUACUACCAGCCGCUGGCCGCCAAGCGGACCGAGGUGGAGAAGUGGCGGAAGGAGUUCAAGGAGCAGUGGCUGAAGGAGCAGAAGCGCAUGAACGAGGCGGUGCAGGCGCUGCGGCGGGCCCAGCUCCAGUACACUCAGCGCUGUGAGGACCUGCGGGCGCGACUGCAGGGAUCCCCCGAGGACCUGGUCCCCCAGGGGUCCCCCGGCCCCAGCAAGCAGCAGGAGCGGAGGCGGCGCUCGCGAGAGGAGGCCCAGGUCAAGGCACAGGAGGCCGAGGCUCUGUACCAGGCCUGCGUCCGGGAGGCCAACGCGAGGCAGCAGGAUCUGGAGGCGGCCAAGCAGCGGAUCGUGUCGCACGUGCGCAAGCUGGUGUUGCAGGGCGAUGAAGUACUGAGGCGGGUGACCCUGGUCCUCUUUGGGCUGCACAGGAAGCAGGCAGAACGGGGUCCCCGCUCCUUCACCGCCCUGGCCGAGUGCUGCGCACCCUUCGAGCCGGGCCAGCGCUACCAGGAGUUCGUGCGGACGCUACAACCUGAGGCUCCACCGCCCCCGCCGCCUGCCUUCUCCUUCCAGGAGUUUGCGCCCAACGGGCACAGUUUCCCUCUGGACACCAGAAAGAAGCUCUCCGGGCCGCCACCUCCUCGGCUGGACGAGAGCACCACUGAGCCGGGGCCUUGGGAGGACGCGGGCACGGGCUGGCCAGGGACUCUGGGCCCCACUCCGGGCAGCGAUGUGGACAGUGUGGGCGGUGGCAGCGAGCCUCGGUCCGUGGACUCCCCCACUUCCAGCCCAGGUUCCAGCACACGGAGGCUGGUGAAGGUGGCAUCCACGGGCACCGAGUCUUCAGAUGACUUCGAGGAUCGAGACCCAGACCUAGGAGACGGGCUAGAGAAUGGUCUAGGCAUCCCCUCCCAGAAGUGGACACUGUCCAUCGCGGCUCAGACCCACCGCCUGCGCCGGCUGCGGGGCCCAGCCAAGUGCCGCCAGUGCGAAGCCUUCAUGGUCAGCGGGACCGAGUGUGAGGAGUGCUUUCUGACUUGCCACAAGCGCUGCCUGGAGACACUGCUGAUCCUUUGCGGACAUCGGCGGCUCCCGGCCCGGACGCCGCUCUUUGGGGUCGACUUCCUGCAGCUGCCCAGGGACUUCCCCGAGGAGGUCCCUUUCGUGGUGAUAAGGUGCACGGCUGAGAUAGAGCUCCGCGCCCUGGGUGUGCAGGGCAUCUACCGAGUCAGCGGGUCCCGAGUCCGCGUGGAGCGUCUGUGCCAAGCCUUUGAGAAUGGCCGUGCCUUGGUGGAGCUGUCGGGAAACUCGCCCCAUGAUGUCACGGGCGUCCUCAAGCGGUUUCUGCAGGAGCUCACUGACCCCGUGGUCCCCUUCCACUUCUACGACGCCUUCAUCUCUCUGGCUAAGACCCUGCAUGCAGACCCUGGGGACGGCCCAGGGACCCCCAGUCCCAGUCCUGAGUUUAUCCGCUCGCUGAAGACCCUCUUGGGACAGCUGUCUGACUCUAACUACAACACCCUGCGGCACCUGGUGGCCCAUCUGUUCAGGGUGGCCAUGCUGUUUGAAGAGAACAAGAUGUCUGCCAACAACUUGGGAAUCGUAUUUGGACCGACGCUGCUGCGGCCACCAAACAGUCCGAGGGCCCCUGGUGCCAGCCCUGUCGCCUGCCUGCUGGACUCCGCGCACCAGGCCCAGCUUGUCGAGUUCCUCAUCGAGCACUACGAGCAGAUCUUCGGGAUGGACGAGCUUCCCCUGGCCGCUGAGGCCCUGCCCCAGGACCCCAGCUCAGCCCCAGGGCCCCUCAUAACCAGUCCCCUACCCACACUUCUUCCUACACCAGCCCCACAGUCCCUAGCCCUGAGCAAGGAUGUGGGACCAGACCCCGAGUGCCCCAGGGCCCUGGAGAAGCCCUCCGAGGCCACUCCCCGUGAAGCCACGCCCUCUGAGGCCACGCCCCUUGAAGCCACGCCCUCCGAGGCCACUCCUUCCGAGACUGCAGCUAUGCAGCGUGACCAAAGGGAAGAAGAGGCUGAGGACUCCAAAGACAGAGGAGGGGAAGUGCCCUGCCAAGGCCCUGAAGACUUGCUCCUGGGGACGCAGUCCCGUGGUCACUUCAGCCGCCAGCCAGUGAAGUACCCCCGGGGCGGUGUGCGGCCUGUCACCCAGCAGCUCUCGGGCUUGGCCCUGGUGGCUUCCAAGCUGUGUGAGGAAGCUCCUGUCCCUGCGGCACCAGGAGGGAGUCUGCGGGCCACCCCCUCCCGUGAGGGGAGCCCGCUACGCCGCACCCCACUGCCCAGGCAUUUCAAGAUCACCCAGGAGACAGCCCGGCUCCUCUCCAAGCUGGACAGCAAGGCUGUCCCCAGGUCCCCCUGCUGCUCAGACCCCCAGCCUGAGGAAGCCGAGAUCCAUCUCUGACCACCCCAACAUCCUAAGGAUGGACCCAGGGCCCCCGCUUGGCAGCUUUCAAACAUCAGGCAGUGGUUUGAUGCUGAAGUACUGAGUUCCUGUAAGGAAAGACUGCACAGCCUGGGGAAGCCCUGAAAGACUUUUGGGGGCAAUUUCGGUGUCCCAGGAACUUGCCACCAGAGGCGUGGUUUCCAGCAGCAGAGCCACUCAGGGUCAGAGGUCACUUGGGGUCCAUACAGGUCACAAGACCUUUGGGGUCCACCCGAAGACUGACUCGGGGACAGGGAUGCUUCUUGCUACGUCCGCAGUGAGCAUUCCACCCCGGCCUGUCCCCUCAAUGACCCCAAGUGUCCUAUGCUCCGAGAUGGGGCAACCCAGACCCCACCUCCUGGCGGAGCUCAGGUCUGGUGGCCUCUGAAUAAAAUGUCUUGCAUACCCUGGUGUGUCUGUCUUGGCCAGGGGAGGGUGACAGGGCACUCGCCAGAGCAGCACCCCUGCCCACCUUUUCUCACUAGGGAGACCCAGGCCCCCUUCUUCAGGCCCAGGCACCCUAAAAGCCUGCAGACGGUCAGGGCAGGGCCUGGACACACAGCUGAGUCACCUGGCCUGGAGCUCCGUGUC